AUGACGGAUGCCAUGCGAGAAAUGAUUGCGGGGCUGAUGGGGGAUCAGCGUGCAAAGGAAGAAGGUCGUAAUCUGCCGCCCUACAGUCACCACACCGUCUGCCGUGCUUACUUGUUAGGGUGUUGUCCUGCGGAAUUGUUACAGGAUACCAGACUUGAAAAUCUGGUGGCUUGUCGCAAGAUGCAUGAACCGACCCAUAAAGCUGACUACGAAGGCGCUCAGGCCAAAAAUGAUCAUUUCUACGACGUUGAGCUUUAUAACACGCUGCAAGACACGAUUCGAGUUAUCGACUCUGAGAUCGACAAGACCAAAAUGAAGCUUGACCGUGAAAGUCGCGAGGCUGGCGAGGGCGCCGAGAUCGUCAAGAUGAAGCGCAUCGGUGAGAUCGAAGAACAGAUCCGCAAGCUUGUCACCGAAUCCGAGGAACUGGGCACUCAAGGCCGCGUUGAAGAUGCUAUGCACUGCGCCAAGAGGAUCGAAGAGUUGGAGCAGCGCAAAGAAGAAUUGAAGUCGGAGGCUCGGGCCGCCGGUGGAACUUCCGCUGCCCAGCGUCUUCGUGUCUGCGAGGACUGUGGAGCUCAGCUGAACAUCAUGGAUCACGAGACUCGGCUGGCCGAUCACUUUGGCGGCAAGAUGCACCUCGGCAUGGUUGAAGUCCGCGAGCGGUUCACCGAGAUGGGAGAGACGAUUGAACAGCGUCGCAAGGAGCAAAACGAGAAAGGGGCUGUCGGACGGGACCGACGCUCACCCGACCGUCGUGAUCGUGGCGACCGAGGGGAUCGGGACCGUGAUCGUGAUCGUCGUGACCGAGACCGUCGCCGCAGUCGUUCGCGUUCGAGGGAUCGCCGUCGCCGCUCCACUUCUCGUGACCGUCGCGAUCGGGACCGUCGUCGUGAUGAGCGGGAUCGGGACCGUGAUCGUCGCCGCCGA